UAUAAUGCGCAAGCCACUUGUUUGUAUUGUGGUUUGUGCUAAUCAGACCUAGGACAGGCUCUAAACCACAGUUUACACAGUGUUUGUGAUGUCACCCUGAGAAAGUAUGGAGUGGAAUGUGCGUGGGUGUCUGAUACUCCUAUUCUGUACUGAGCUGUCGCAUGUGAGAAAAUAUUGAUUAAUUAAUGUUAUUCAUAGCGCGCAUUUUUAAUUUACUCCCAAGUGAAGUUGCCCAGUCCCUUUUCUGCAAGAAGUCAUAAAAGGCUUUACGACCUUUGUAUUGAGCUAGCGAUGUACAAGAUGCUUCAACUAGAUCUACUGGCCCUGCUAGUGACAGCUGGUCUCCUCUCUCUAUGCAUGGCAGAGACCUUCUAUGUUGCUCCGACUCUCCCAGAAAUUGACUGUCCUGCACCUUGUCACACCCUGGACCAGUUUGCUCAAAACCAGACUUUAUUAGCUGGCUACAACAACAUCACCCUGGCAUUCCUGGAGGGAGUCCACAAUCUCAACCACACCCUGUAUGUUGUAUGUGAGUUCAAUAUAAUUUUACAGCCAGCACUUCUAAACCAGCGGCCACCACCGAAAGUUAUUGGUCGAUCUGACGGACUUGCAAUCAGAGCAAAUGCAUUAAAUAUUUUGAUCAAAGGACUUUCUUUUGAGGCGGUUAUAAUAGUUGUCAUUGUAAAUGAUGAUUCUGAAAUUGAAGAACAUAAAGUAACUAUCCAAUGGUGUGACUGGUUUAUUGGUGGCUUGGAAGUAUAUGUAUCUGGAAGUAUAAACGUUACUGCUGAAAUAAGUGAUUCGAGUUUCAAUGGACACUCUGUUUCUAAGUAUGGCUUUUAUUCAGGCUUUUAUUCAUUCUCACCGCGUCACUUACCAAUGAAUGGAUACUACUCUUUUACACUCCAAAACAGUGUCUUCACUAAAUACACGGAAUAUGGCAUUUUCAGUAUCUUCACUAAAUACACGGAAUAUGGCAUUUUCAGUGUGUACCCAUACUCGUCGUACAUAACAAUCAAAAACGCAACUAUAUCUCAGAACCGUCAAGGAGUUCAUGUCCGGCAAGUAAAGGAACUUUUGAUUGAAGACAGUAAAAUAUUUCAGACAGUCAACUAUGGAUUAUACACUUUUCUCAUACCAAACGUGACAAUUGUCAAUUCGGAGAUAAGUGAAAAUAGUAUUGGUUAUGCAUCAUUAAACUCGGGCAUAACACUUAUAAACUCUCAGAUUGAUAGCAAUGAGAUUGGAGUUGCACUAGCUAUGAGUAAUUCAUAUACUGACCUUUCUGGCCUACUUACUAAAAUGGAUCAUUGUAAUUUCACACAAAACAAUGUUGUUGGAAUUUGGUUAUUAACUUACAAAAAAGAAGAAGCAAUUUUCAGGGACUGUAUAUUUGAUAAGAACAGAGAAACACCGAUCCUAGCCUAUCAAAGUACCUUCCAGUUAGCAGGAGAGACAGUGUUUUCUAACAAUAAUGCCAAAAGGGGGGGUGCCCUGGCCUUGUAUCGAUCAACAGUGUUUUUUGAUUCAGGAUCGACUACACGGUUUGAGAACAAUACAGCUACUGAGUUUGGUGGGGGGAUCUACAUUGCUACAGCGCCACCUCUUUCUCCGCAGCUACUAGUUGCUGUGGAAAACGGAAUCAAAACAGAGGAUUUGUUUGUCUAUAUCGAUAGUUUUGUCACUAAUAGGCCUUGCUUUUAUUCUAGUUAUGCCAGUGGUGAUACUCAAGUGAAGUUCUUUGGGAACAAUGCUGGUUUCGGUGGAAGAGACAUAUUUGGACUAACAAGAAUAUCAUACUUUGAGAAGUAUUGCUCAGUUUCAGAGAAUAGUAUCUUUAAUUUCGACAAUUCAGUACCGAGUACUUUUCAACUUGCGUCAGACCCUUCUCGAGUGUGUUUCUGUGUAAACGAUACACGACAGUGCCAAAACCGUGCGUACCUUGUAGUUAACGAGACAAGGUUUCCAGGAGAGAGCUUUGAGACUUCUGUAGCUCUCGUGGGAUUCAACUUUAGCAGAGUUACAGGAGCUGUGUUUGCUACUGUGCUGGAUGGGCAGGCUGGAAAUAUCAUGGACAGUCAACGUAUACAAUCUAUCAAUGCCUAUGUCGAAUGUAGAAAACUAACGUAUACAGUAUUGUCCAACCAAACAAGCAGGCCCCUUAAAUUGGGCCUCUCUGUUACAGACUCGCUUGUUCAAGACAAUCAUGACGAUGUUAUUAAAGAAAGUGUAAGGAGCAUAUACUCUCCUACAUGCACUGAUACAAGCUUAUACCCAAAACUACCGUGUACAGCUCUUCUCACUACGUCCAUCUAUAUUAACAUCACUGUGGAUAACUGUCCACUGGGGUUUCAGCUAAAUAAAGCUUUAAGGGUGUGCGAAUGCAACAAAAACACUACGCAGUUGGAGUUAACCUGUGAGAUUCAAAACCACACUGGCUACAUCACCAGAGGAGGAACUGUGUGGGUGGGAAUGGACACUGCCAGAAAUGAAACUGACCUUUACUACUGGCAUCAAUAUUGUCCUAGUGACUACUGUAAUCAAACCUCAACACCUGUUGACUUGAGAUCCCCUGGUUCACAAUGCAGCUCGAACCGUGCUGGAAUUUUGUGUGGAAAAUGUGAAGACAACUACAGCCUGAAAUUAGGAAGUAAUCGAUGCGAACAAUGUAACAAUAGUUUUGUUGCUCUGUUGAUAGUGUUCGCCAUCCUUGGGAUUUUACUGGUUGCUAUGAUUACACUCUUUGACUUCACAGUUGCCAGUGGUACCAUAAAUGGACUCAUAUUCUACGCAAAUAUUGUGUGGAUUAACAAUGCUAUACUGUUCCCACAGCAGGGCAAGAACAUUGGCUACUACAUCAUUACUGUGCCUAUAGCUUGGAUUAAUCUGGAUUUUGGUAUUGAGACAUGUUUCAGCCAAAAUUUGGAUCAACUAACUAAAAGUGGUUUACAGUUUGUGUUCCCGGUCUACAUAUGGUGCAUUGCUGGUCUCAUAAUUUUAGCUUCUCGGUAUUCCAUAAAAGCUACUCGAUUCUUUGGUAGAAAUUCUGUUGCUGUUUUAUCUACUCUCAUCCUGCUAUCUUAUGGGAAGCUGUUCAGGAUCAUCACAAAUGCGUUUACUAAAGCAGACAUUACUGACUCUAAUGGCUCUAUUCGCAAAGUUUGGUCACUAGAUGGAAAUGUUGAAUACGGAAUAACUCCCGGACACAUUGUCUUAAUCGUGGUUGCACUACUCUUUAUGCUAUUGUUUUGGUUGCCAUUCACCUUGACUCUCCUUCUAGUACCCUUCCUAAAAGUCAAGUCAGACCGCCGACCUCUUCGCUGGAUUAACACAUUCAAGCCGUUUUUUGAUUCUUAUUACGGUCCAUUCAAAGAUAAGCAACAGCAUCAAGUGUGGACAGGGAUUCUGCUCAUCUCCCGUGUAGUGAUAUUGAUUGUUUUCUCGUCAACUUCGACUUUUAAUCCGAAUGCUAACAUACUGGUAUCGACCAUUAUAGCUACACUCCUGCUAGUGUACACAGCCAUUGUGGGAUAUCUAUACAAGCAGUGGUUUGCGUCAGUGCUUGAAGUGUUGUACCUCCUCAACCUCAUCAUCUUAGGCGGAGCAUUCUUAUUUUAUCGAAUGCAACCGCAAGAUGUUCAAGAAAUGGAUACUCUUAAUCCAGUGGCAGCUACCUCAGUUUGUUUUGCUCUCUUUCAGUUUGCUUGCAGUAUAAUCUUUCACAUAGCCAAGAAGAUCGGACCCAAACUUCAAAGGCUCUCCAAGAAGAAGAAACAAGAAUUGGAUAUUGAAAGUGUACCAGAAAAUGCACCCGACAAAGUUACGACGCAAGUAGUGGAGUUGCACGAGAAUGCAAGAGAGCAUAAAUUCACGACGCAAGUAGUGGAGUUGCACGAGAAUGCAAGAGAGCAUAAAUUCACAAUGUCCAGGUAUUCCAACACUCUUAGAGAGCCACUUUUGGAGAUAUGAUAUGUUACAGUAAUUUUUAACAUUAUACAGAAGGAACUGAUUAAUAGUGUGUACAUAGUGCUUACGUAUUUUGGUUUAGUUUUUUGUCUGCAUGCCAUAAUUAUAGUUAUAGUAUUUUUUGCAGUUUAGAUCUAACACAUUGUAUGGUAUAGUAUACACACAUAAUUUAUUAUUGUGCGGUGAAAACUCA